AGCUUUGUACAUCGAAAAUUCAUUCCAUUUGGAUUUCCUAGAUUGUAUUCAAAGGUCACACAUUCACAACUUCAUUCUAUAAAUACCAAAAAUAUUAAUCUUCUUAGCUCAAUCAUUAAGUCUUGAUUCUAUAAAAUCGACACCACUAAUGGGUUUCGUGGAGACGUUUAAUCUGAACGGAGCGCGUAUCGAGACCACUGUGACAGAUGACCAAGCAAAGGUUGACAACAUUUUAGGGUCUUUCUUGCAUCAUGCAAAUUGUACUGGAACAAAGGUUAUUGGGUUUGAUACAGAGUGGACGCUGUAUCAAAAAACAGUGUCUGAAUGUGCAACUUUGUGUCUCUGUAACGGACAUUCAUGUCUUGUUAUUCAGCUACGUCAUUUAGAUUCAGUUCCCAAUUCAUUGCUUAAUUUUCUUCGAAUGCCUAAUUUGACGUUUGUCGGUGUUGGUAUUAAAGAUGAUAUGGCUAAGCUUGAGGAGACUUAUGGUAUUCGAUGCAGAAAUGCUGUGGAACUUGGAACUUUGGCUGCUACUAUGUUGAAUAAGCCUCGUCUUAUAUUUUGCGGUGUUGAUGAACUUGCUUUGGUAGUUAACAGCCUGGAUCUUCGAUUCCCAAGGCCUAUAGCUGUUCUCGAUAAGGAUUGGGGUGAAUCUGAUCUUAGCAUAGAACAUGCUAAAUUUGCUACUAUUAAUGUUUACUCUUAUUUCAAGAUUGGGAGCAAAUUGCUUACUGAAUAAUUGAUCAUAUGCGCAAUGGAGUCUUUGCAAUAUUGGUUUGUUUUGGACACUUAGAUUUGAUUUUGGUUAGAUUUUAGUAUUAUGUCAUUUAAGCUUGUUUGGUUUUUUAAUUCAAUAUGAUGUUAUCUAAGCGUGUUUGUUAAUUUUACUAUAUGUUUGG